GCCCCAGCAUCAGCGUUCACGAAUGAGCAAAAUUGGCAGGUCAGUGAAACAUAGUGUAGCUGACUUUUUUGGGCUCGGUGAUGAAGAUUGUCAACAGUCAUCAAAAUGGCAGAACCGGCACAUGCGUUAUUACCGUGGGAAGGUAAAAGAUGGAUACCUUCAGAAAACGACUGACUUUGAUGAGGUGGAUUCAUCUGUUAGAUAUAUACAUGAUCCAUUGAAAGCGCCUGGAGCCAGAUAUAGUGCAGGUGCCCAGUAUUCCAGACGUACAACUCCACUAUCAAGUACAAGCACGUACACACCCAGUACACGUGGGGGAUUUCCAGUUAGAAGAACACGCAAAGAUUCAGUGCUCAAAAUGACAUGGAAAGGAAUGCAGACAAUUGCAGGUUCAAGGAAGAAGUUGCGAGGUAAACAAAGUGUAAGGAGCUAUGCCCCGGCAAGUCUGGCAGGAGAUAUGGGUGAUGCAAGGAGUGAUCUUGGUGACAGUUAUGCAUUUCAGAUACCUGAGCAUGAUCAGUUAAGUCUAGUAGAUGAUGUGUUUUAUGAUGAACCCACUGCUGGUAUCCCAGAGAAACAGUUGGCUAAAAUACGAGAAGAGACCAGUGCCGAUUUUGCUGAAUCCGCACCAUUAAGCAGGGCAGUUCCAAUGGCAGGAUGGCGGGCUGGAGCACAACCUAAACCUGCCCCAGGAACACCAGAUCCUGGCCUGGAUAUGCCAGACUUCGGUAUGAGAAGAAUUAGACAGGAAAUUGUUAAUUCAGUAACAGAGAGGGACAAGAGACAUGUUGGUAUGGGAUUUGUUGGGAGAUUAUUCCAGAGAAAUUAUCGUCCUGAUCGCAUGAACUCUUAUGUAAAGAAACAAAUUGAUGAACUGGAUGAUCAUAGACCAUUUUUCACAUACUGGGUGACAUUUGUACAGAUAGUGGUAUUUAUAGUGUCAGUGGCAGUGUAUGGUAUAGCACCUAUAGGAUCAUCAGAAACUGUGUACUCUGACGCAAUAUUAAAACCUAACUUGGCAUAUGAACUGACUAGAUAUGUUGAAGCAGACAAUUUAUGGAUUGGACCUCGGCAGGCUGAUUUGAUACAUCUGGGUGCAAAGUAUUCCCCAUGUAUGAGAAGAGAUCAGGGUAUAGAGAAAGGUUUAAACAAGGACUUGGAAGAGGAGCGGCAUUCUGCAUGUUGUGUGAGGGAUGAUGGGUCUGGUUGUGCUCAAAUGACUAAAGACAGAUGUGCUAAAACAUUAAACACGUGGUAUAAAUGGAACUCUACAAGUAAAGGUCAUGGUGAGUGGACAUCAGGCUCUGUAUGUGGUCAGGAUCCAAAAUACUGUAGAGACCCAGCGUCAGUUAAACCAUUUAGAUGGGAUGAUGAUAUCACAAAAUGGCCGUUGUGUACAGAGACAAAAUCACCAGAGGAAGGGGAUCGUGCAGAUCGUCACAUGUCGUGUAAAAUCUCAGGUCGUCCAUGUUGUCAUGGGAUACAGGGAGAAUGUAUGAUAACUACAAGGGAACAUUGUGAAUUUGUCAGAGGUUAUUUCCAUGAAGAUGCCUACCUAUGUUCUCAGGUGGCGUGUAUGAAACAGAUCUGUGGUAUGAUUCCAUUUGCUCAAGACAGAUAUCCUGAUCAGUUCUAUAGAUUGUGGACAUCUCUCUUCUUACAUGGAGGAUUAUUCCAUCUUAUCAUCACAUUGGGAUUCCAAAUAUUGAUAAUGCGUGACACAGAGAAACUGACUGGUAGUAUAAGAAUGGCAAUUAUAUAUGUGGGUGCUGGUAUAGUUGGUAACCUGGCCAGCUGUAUCUUUGUUCCCUAUCAUGUUGAGGUUGGACCAGCUGGAUCGCAGUUUGGUAUUUUAGCCUGUCUGUUGGUAGAAGUUCUCCAGUCGUGGCAGAUGCUCGAACGACCCGGUAUAGCUUUACUAAAGGUCACGGUGCCGAUUGUCCUUCUCUUCAUGCUUGGUUUACUCCCGUGGAUCGACAACUGGGCUCAUCUUAGUGGAUUUUUGUUUGGUUUCCUCCUUGCAUUUGCUUUGCUUCCAUACGUGUCUUUCGGAACAUAUGACAGAAGACGCAAACUGAGAAUAAUUUUGUCCCUCGGCGGCGCAAUUUUCAUUUUUGUUCUUCUUGUGAUAUUUUACGUACUUCCUCUUUACAACUGCCCAGGCUGUCAGUAUUUUAACUGUAUACCCUUCACUCCAGACUUCUGUAAAAACAUGGAGAUUGAUAUUGAUCGAAAUGCCACAUACAAUAAUGUGUAGAUAAUUUAACAGCUCUUUAAAAAACCCACCUUUAUAUAUAUAUACAUAUAUUUUAGGAGCUUUUAUUAUAGAGACAUUUAUUUAUAUAUUUUUAUUUCCUUUAUGUAAAUGUUAGUGCUUUGAAAGUAUUGUUUGCGAUAUUAAAUGAUAAUUUUUUUGCUUUCAUUUGUUUACCUUGACAUAAAAAAAUCCAAUAAUUAAACUCAAUUUCUUUUAAAACAUAGGAAAUGAAUAAAUAUUUCACAAACAAAAGACGAAGUUGAUUGAAUUAAGCACUUCAUGUUCUUAAGGAAACAUUUAAAGGUAAAGAUUAUAAAAUCUUUGGUUGUGACAGAUAUUAUAUCCUAAUUAAAAUGCUCAUGGGAGUUUUUACUUAUUAUUAGAAAUAUAUAUUUGUUAGAAAUAUAAUCAGAGAUAAAAUUAUAUGAUGUUAUUCAAAAAGUGAGUGAUGUUUAGUUUUUGUUUGCACAAUGACUAGUUAGAUUAUAUUUUUACAUUGUAGAACUGAUACACAAUAGAAAUUAUCCACUUGAUUAAAAUUUUCGUAAAAAUUUAUAUAUUACCCUAUUGUUUAAUAUUUAUUGGUCACCAUAUUUUCAUGAACUUUUAAACUAGUCAUAUACUAGAAUUUGAUGACAACAAUUAAAGUUUAUCCUGUUGGUAAAGUAAAUGACAUCAGGUUCCAGAAUUAUUUGAAACCUUUCAUAAUCUUAGAAGUUAUAAGUAUUCAGGCAAUACAGAAGGUUUACACUGCGCAGUUUCUGUUUGUCAUCAGUUUUGACUGUUAUUAAUGAAAUAUCUUGUGCUGUACAAAGGUAUAUUUACAACUUUGACAGGAAUAAUGUAAAAUAUUGAAAUUUAAUCACUGAGCAGAUAAAGAGGUAAAAACUGCGAUGAGAUUUCUGUGCAUAUUGUAAGUCAGAAUUUUAAAUAUUCUUAUUGAUGUUUAUCAGCUAUAUAUAAAUAUAUGAAUAUAUCCGAACAUUAGA